AUGCAGCCGCCACCGAGGAAGGUCAAAGUGACCCAGGAGCUGAAGAACACCCACACGGAGCAGAUGACAAGACUGCACUUUAAGCACCAGACUGAAUGUGACCUGCUGGAGGACAUGAGGAGCUACAGUCUGAAGAAAGGACAACUGGAGAGGGACUACGCACAGGCACUACAGAAGUUAGCGAGUCAGUACUUAAAAAGAGACUGGCCCGGAAUUGACCCUGACGACCAGAGGACAGACUAUAGGAAUGUUUAUGCUGUCUGGAGAUCUUAUUUAGAAGGCACAAUACAAGUUAGUCAGUCUAGACUAAACGUGUGCGACAACUACAAAAGCCAAGUAUCAGAGCCCGCCAAGACCCUGAGACUGUACAAGGAGCAGCAGCUCAAAAAGACCAUAGAUCAGCUGAGUGGCAUUCAAGCAGAGCUGCAGGACUCUGUGAAGGAGCUGGCCAAAGCAAAGAAAAAAUACAACGACAGUGAGCAGGUUGCCCAUGCAGUACGAGAAAAGGCUGAUAUAGAAGCCAAGUCUAAAUUGGGGCUUUUUCAGUCCAGAAUUAGUUUACAGAAAGCAAGCGUAAAGUUAAAAGCUAAAAGAAGUGACUGCAACUCCAAAGCAACACAGGCUCGAAAUGACUACUUACUAAUGCUCGCCGCUGCCAACGCUCACCAAGACCGAUACUACCACACCGACUUACUGCAGUGUAUACAGGCCUUGGAUGGCAGCAUCUAUGAGCAUGCAAAAGAUUAUCUGGUGUCACUCUGUCGGACUGAACUAGAAGCCUCCCAAGCCACACACAACACCUUUCAGUUUCUUCUCGAGAAAUCCACCAGGCUAAUACAAGAAUACAACCAGCAGUUAUUCAUGCAGGAGAACCCCGUAUUCCAUAAAGCACAAGACUUCCAGUUCCAGCCCAGUGAAUAUGACACGAGCCGGCAGCUGGAGUCCGAGACGGGGACCACGGAGGAGCACAGUCUGAACAAAGAGGCCAGGAAGUGGGCCACCAGGGUCGCCCGGAACAUAAGAAUAUCAUACACUACAAAAAAUCUUUAG